GUUGGGUGCUGUUUUUGCUUCCAGUAUGGCAAAGAUCAUUUUGAGGCACCUGAUAGAGACUCCAGUGCGCUACCAGGAGGAGUUUGAAGCUCGAGGUUUGGAAGACUGCAGGCUGGAUCAUGCUUUAUACGCACUGCCAGGGCCAACCAUCACCGACCUGAGUAAGCCCAGGGCGGAGGCGCAGCCUCCUGCAGGGGACUCGGCCGCAGAGUCGCUGCCCGGACAAGGCAAAGCCCGCUUUCAAAUCCUGCUGGACGUGGUCCAGUUCCUCCCCGAAGACAUCAUCAUUCAGACUUUCGAAGGCUGGCUGCUGAUCAAGGCGCAACACGGAACCAGAAUGGACGAGCAUGGGUUUGUCUCAAGGAGCUUCACCCGACAGUACAAGCUGCCAGAUGGCGUGGAAACCCAAGACUUGUCUGCGAUCCUCUGCCACGAUGGAAUUUUGGUGGUAGAAGUAAAGGAUCCAGCUGAGACUAAGUGAGAUCGUAUCAGUUCCUGUUCACAGGACACCAGUAUUAUA